AUGGCGUUGAAGCGCAUCAACAAAGAACUUACAGACCUUGGCCGAGAUCCUCCUUCGUCAUGCUCAGCUGGUCCUAUGGGCGACGACCUAUUUCACUGGCAAGCAACGAUCAUGGGUCCUUCCGAGAGCCCCUUCCAGGGUGGUGUCUUCUUCCUGGCCAUACACUUCCCGACCGACUACCCGUUCAAGCCACCAAAGGUCAACUUCACCACUCGAAUCUAUCAUCCAAACAUCAACUCUAAUGGCAGUAUCUGUUUGGACAUCCUACGAGACCAAUGGAGCCCGGCGCUCACGAUAUCGAAGGUACUCCUUUCUAUUUGCUCCAUGCUCACAGACCCUAACCCGGACGAUCCGCUUGUACCAGAAAUUGCACACGUCUACAAGACGGACCGAGCCAGAUACGAAGCCACGGCAAGAGAAUGGACCCGCAAAUUCGCAAUCUAG